AUGAAUGGAUAUUAUCGACCUGCCCCACAAUUUUCUGACUUGACUAUAACUCCCAAGCAAGAGCAUGUACAGUCAUCAACACCACUUGGCAGCUCUCAAAAAGCUGACGCAGUCAAAAUACCGCCACCGCCAACUACUUUUGAUCGGUCUCAGUAUGUAAAGCAUACUGAGAUUGAUCGAAGGUUUCGCGGGACUAAACCAUUUGGGCAAGGUUCAACUUCGAAGAGCCGUAAGCGGAAGCGAUCACAUUCCAAUGCCGAGGAUGGGGAGACACUUGGCCCUGGUGUAGAUCAGAGAGCAAAGGCUGAAAGCCUAUUUAAGGGCCUGCAAGGGUUCCUUUCCUCGAUUUUUGAAGCUGAGGAUAACCUCUCCCCAGAUACGUCUGAUCGUACCUCUGAUAAAAACGCGAAGAUUUGGAUGACAAGCUCCUUGGAACAACAAUCACCAUGUUUGGCUACUGCAGUUCUGUUGAAAUUGGAAAAUUCGAUCCAUAAAGUUAUUUCAACCGGGCUAUUCCAACAGGUACCUGUAGAUGAUCUUACAAGGAUACAGAAGAUCUGCGAGAGCUCUCUGAAGCAAGCUGAAACUGUGGACGUCAAGAUGGGAUCAGACGACAGCGAGUCUGCUAUCGAGGAAUGGUUGACGAGGGUCUCUCUAGUGGAUAAUGGAUUGAAAACCGCUAAAACGGUUCUAAGGAUCAUGGUUGGGGGUAGGGAGGAUAAGCAAUUAUACCCGGAGGACCUUCUGGCGAGCGUUUUGAGUGUCGCAAAAAACCUCAUUGAAGGCACAAUCAAUCCAAUGAUAGAGAUGAGAUCCACUGGAGAAUCUCAGGCUGCUUUCAAAAUUGCAUCCGCCCACAAAAAGGUGUUGGGAGGGCUUUUACAUGAAGUCACAAGUUUGUUCUCGCUGAUUUCUAAGCUAUUGGCCUUAGAGGAGGUCACAGAGGGGACAAUCACAACCUUGGAGUUUAUUGCGGUCGCAGUAAUAUUCAUCGAGAAUGCGUCAACAGAGAAGGAUUCUGUUUUUGGUGUACAGAAGGUGGAGCGAUUCCGUGUUGCCGCCAUGGAUAUACUUGCGAAGAUUUUUGCUAGAUAUCCUGACCAGAGGACAUUUAUCUUUGAUGAAAUAUUGACAAGUCUAGAAAAAUUGUCUGUCAACCGACAGAGCGCAAGGCAAUUCAAACUCGUCGAAGGUGGAAAGAACAUACAACUAGUCAGCGCUUUGAUUAUGAGGCUAGUGCAGACGAGUGGGACCUACCAGGAGCGUAAAAAGAAACGGGGUUUGGUUACCGGGGAAGACGGCGAGUUUUCCAUGGAAAAGGAAGAGGGGGAUGAGCCUGAUCGGGGUGAAAUAGACGUUAUAGGUGCAGUUAACAAACUGUAUACCAUGUCUAACCCUUUACUGGAGAGUGCUCAAAAAAAUGCCCAAUACGUGGUCAAUUUCUUGGUACAGCGAGCAAUGAGGUCGACUAAAACUGGAGACCAACCUUACAGAGUACUGAUGGACAUCUUUGCCGAGGAUUUCAUCGCCGUACUUGGCUCUCCUGAAUGGCCGGGUGCUGAGCUAUUACUCCGAUCCAUCCUCGGGAGUAUGUGUACUAUUGUUGAUGGCGACAAACAACCAGCCCCAGCAAAGUCAAUGGCUUUGGAUUUACUUGGAUUGAUGGGUAGUGCAAUUUGUGAUGUUGUUGUGCACCUACGAGAGAGUCAUAAGAACAGGGAGUCGGAUAGUUCAGCUGACGACCGGAUAUAUACUCUAACGGACAAAGUUUUAGAAAGUACUGUAGCAGGCUCCAAUGGAGGCAUUGGUAUGGAAGAGGAUUUGAUCGAAUGGGAAGGGCCAUUUAGAUAUGCGCUUGAGCACUUGAUUGAGAACAGCGCGCAUGACCCAAGCCUCCAGAGUGCUUGUGGUUAUUACCUUACGAUUUGGAGUGCUCGAAUUUGUGCCUUUUCCGAUAAAGCAGAAGGCCAAGAUGAUGAAGAAACGGAAGAAGUAAUGGGAGAAUUGGCCAGGAUCGCCUCAAAUUUAAGAAGGAUUAUACUUGAUAAAAGUUGGAUUGAUGACGACUUUGAUGUUGCAAAAAUAUCCUCGCCACAGAUACGACAAGCCUACAUUCUGACUGUUCUGCAAAUGCCGUUUUGUACGUCAUUUGAACACAUUUUAAACCGUUUGCUCCGCUCUGUAGACGAUAAUCAGGCAACUACGAGAAGCAAAGGUCUCAAAGCAAUUCUGCAGCUCUUGCAAAAAGAUCCCGCUAUUCUGAAGCGGCCCCAGGUGGUGCCGUUCAUUCUCAAACGGCUAAGAGAUCCAUCGCCCUUGGUCCGGGAUUCCGCAGUGGAUCUAAUUGGCAAAUGCAUUCUGUUUCGAACAGACCUGGAAGAUCAAGUGUACAAGAGUAUAAUUGAACGUUCCGCCGAUGCCGGGGUAGGGGUUCGAAAGCGAUCCAUGAAAAUUUUGAAAGACAUCUACCUAAGGAGCAAAAAAGAGGCUGUCAAGGUGGCAAUCGCUGAGGCGUUGGUUCAGCGCAUAAAGGAUUCUGACCCUAGUGUUUCGGAGCUUGCAAGGAAGACCUUCGAAGAGAUCUGGAUUACUCCUUUCUACACUUACAUAGGAGCUGAAGAUACCGAGAACCAGCAGAACCAAACUACAGAUAUUAGUCCUCAGUUGAAGCUGGUUGUUAACGAACGUGUGGCUGUGAUCAUCAAAGUUGUGCAGAAGGAAGUAAUGCAAGCCGUGCUGCAUGACGUUAUCAAAUCAAUCUUGCAUGCCGACACAAAAAACUGCUCGGUCAAUUUCAAAGUCUGCAAGACGAUGGUGGGUUCCAUGUGCGAUGAUCUGCUAGAUCGUCAGGGAGACUCGGACAAGGCAGAAAGACAAAGCACUCUCCAAGCGCUGACUGUGUUUGCUAAAGCGAACCCAAAGCUCUUCAAACCAGAGCAACUCAUCAUGUUACAGCCAUAUAUUGAAAAUCUAACCGACCAGGAUGACCUUCACGUCUUUAGAUCAGUCAUUAUUAUAUUCAGAUGCGCGUUGCCAGUCCUGUCUAGUCUACACUCUGGGUUCUUAUCGGCUGUCCAGCAGAGCUUGCUCAAAAACCUCUCUCGACUUCCGCCAUUGGAACUUCGUGAGGUUGUCGCUUGCCUUUGGACGAUUAGCGGCAUCCUGAAAAACACUGAUAGGCUCGUCCGAGUCACGAUAUCCUGUCUGACUAAUAUCCUCAAGUCCAAGGGGAAGACCGUCGAAACUGAUGUAGAAGCUAACCGUCUGGUCCGGACUUUACAUAUCCUCGGCCUAUUUGGGAAACACUGUCAAUUUGAGGACAAGAUUGGGAUGUUCCAGACUGCCUUCCCCAAGUGGAAGCCAGGAACAGUGUCAGGUCUAAUCACAGAUACGAUAAUACCGUUCUGCGAUUCAGCGGCUCACCCUCUUGUCCGGAAAGCUGCCCUGGAGAGUUUGUGUCAUGUUUGCCAAACACACGCUAGUCAGUUCUUGCGCGCCGAAAUACUAAAAUCGUUUGAUCAGGUGUUUGAAGUAGGCAAAAAGGAACUGGUGAAUCUUGUGCUUCUAGGUAUUAGAAGAUUUCUACAAAGCGAAGAAAAUCGGAGUGAAGGGUUUGCCGGUGAAGAGAAGGACGAAAAGAAGAACGGCGAGCCCCAGGUUGAGAGGUUGAGUCGCGCAGCCAACGCCAACCAAAACGAUGGAGUCAGCACCAGUUUGGCCCAAAAAUAUCUCAAGAAUAUAAUUCAGGUGGCUACCUCAACCCAGGAUAUUUACGCGCUUACAGCUACAGAGGUCAUCGGGAGCAUAUUGAGGCAGGGAUUAGUGCACCCCAAGGAGUGCGUUCCUGCCUUGGUAGCCCUUGAAACCUCUACAAACGUCGCGAUUCAGGCUAUCUCCAAUCGGGAGCAUCGUAUGCUGCACUCCAAACACGAGACUAUAGUGGAAAGAGGGUACAUGGACGGUGUCCGUGCUUGUUACAUCUACCAGCGCAAUGUUAUCGGCAAUGAGUCAGGUGCUACGGCUAACCCAUUCACCUCUAAGAUGCAUCCGUUAUAUGAGAUUGUCAAGAGCAGUCGUAAGGUGAGAAAGAAGUUGCUAGGGAACAUGACCAUGAGUGUGGACUUUGAGUCCCCAAAACUAGAUGUUGAUUCCUCGAAACCAAAUCAUCUGGGCUACUCGAAAUUUGUGAUCGAGAAUCUUGCUUUCUUUGAGUAUGGGACCUUUGAUGAGCUAUACCAAGUUGUGACCACCAUGGAAAGAGUCGUUUCUGGAACCGGCAUGACUGUGGCCCAUUCAAUCGAGACAGAUAUCUUUCUUCUUAAACUGGAUUCUGGGGACACCACAGAGCGAAUUAUCAAACCAGAUACUCUGAAAGUAUUGGCGACUAGUGCGGCGAUCCUCUACAUGUUAUGGGAAUGCAGGUAUUUCUUGAGAAAGUCUUAUAGCAUCAAUGACAACAAGAGCCGCGACUACAAGAGCAACAAACUCUCCGCCAAAGACGUGAACAAGGCGCCAUCAAGAGCGGCCACCUGGUCCAAUGGCGCCGCCACUCUUUGGAAAAAGUUUGAGGAAAUCAUGACCGACCUCAAGUCUGACGAGGGCAUGAUGAAGCAGUGCAAAGAAUUCGUGGACCUCCUUACAGUUGACAAUGAAUUCAAACUCGCUGCUGAAGGCGAGGAUCCCGAGGACCUCGAUGGUGAAAGGGCCCUGACACCAAUCCAUGACCUCCACGAAGAAGGCGGUAUUGGUGGAGAACUUGGCACACCAGGGAAGAACAAGAAGCGCAAGUUCACAUCUGGAUCUCCCGAGAAGGGCCUAAUGAGGCCGAAGAAGAAGGUCAAGGCAAAACCUCGGAAGUCGGCUGGGAAGGAUGAAUGAAUACGUUUUUAUAUUAUACUUUAGUCUUUAUGCCUUCCGGGUUUAUUUUUUUUCCCCUUUCCCUCCUUUUCCGGCCACCACAAAAACCCCCAUCUAUAUGCUUUCAUACCCGGCUGGUUUUUUUUUCUUGUAGAUAUGGGUUUUAUUUCCUUUUCAUGUCUUCUCUCUUUUCUCUUCUAGCUUGUCGCCUCGGUGGGGGAGUUUGUUGCUUUUUCCCUUUUUCCUCACAUUGCCUUUUUUUCCUUUUCUUCUCAUCUCAUCGGGCUGGCAUUUUUCACCUCUUUUCCUCACUUUUCCCCUUUCGAAAUUAGUAAUUCCCUCUUCAUUUCCCUUUCUCUGGCAGGCUCGCGGAGUAUAUAUUGUGGUUUUCGUUUCCCCUUGCCCUUCGUUCUUUCCCCGCGUUUUUGUCCCGUUUUUUCUUCAAAAAUACCAUAAAGGAUUGGCUUGGGAUGGAUAUGUGGAUAUCGACGAAUUGAUGACUAGCCAAUAGCAUGGAUUUGGCCUAGAUUGAGGUCUUCCCCUUUUGCUCGGGUAGUUAGUGAUGAAAUUUAUGGAAUUGUUUUU